UGCAAAUCUGAAAGUUCGUUCUUUUUGGUUGCAACGCAACUGUGAUAGUGCAAGUAAAGACAGCAUAGUUUGCAACAUUUCAUUGGUUGCCCGGCAUCUUAAAAUGAACUUGAGAUAAUCUUUAAAUCAUGAUUGGGUUAUGAAUGUCAGCCUGUACGUCAUAACAAAUACGAUAAAAAUGGUGGAACAACAAAAAAAACGAGUAGAAGACCAUAUGACAAGAAUAGUCGAAGAAAUUGAUAAAUCUAUUUUACGGAAAAUGCAGAGAGAUAUGCAUAAAUGUGCUGCUUCUUGUUGUGAAAAUGAAACCUACUCUGUACAAAAAGUACAUAAUUGUGUAGAAAAUUGUAGUACCUCUUUGCAUAAGGCGCAACAGUAUGUCCAAGGGGAAUUUGACCGGGUGCAGAAUCGUUUGCAGAGAUGUGUAAUGGAGUGUAAUGAUAAAAUAAAGGAUAAAGUAGGUCCAAACCCUACACAGGCAGAAGUAGACAAAUAUAGUGAAGAAUUUGAAAAAUGUGCUACCAAGUGUGUAGACUCUUAUUGUGAAUUACUGCCAUCUUUGGAAAAAACUAUGAAAAAAGUUUUAAGUAAAAAUGAAUUUGCUUAGUACUUAGUGCUUUUUCAGUCAGUUUAUAAGUUGAAUUGUAAUUCUUAAUUUCAUACUGUUGACAUUUAUAAAAAAAAAUAUACAAAUAUA